GAAAUACCUCGUGUUUGUUUUUUUACCUGUGUGUGCUGUUUUACAAUUUUUGUACCUGAGAUUAAGAGUUGUGUGRCGUGGGUGAAAGUGUUAGGGUUUGUUCAAUACGAGAGUAUACGUUUGAAGGUUCCAUAUGACGGUUGUAACAGCAGAUGAAGACAGUGGAGUGGAGAUGUCACAUCCUAGAGCUGAUAAUGGAUCCGAAGGCGGAAGUGCAAGCCAAGGAGGUUCAGAAGCUAGUUUCGGUCUUCGAAGGGGGAAAUGCAAAUGGUUUAACGUAGCGAAAGGCUGGGGCUUCAUAACCCCRGACGAUGGGGGCCAAGACGUUUUCGUCCAUCAGAGCGUCAUUCAAAUGAGCGGUUUCCGGUCUUUGGGAGACGACGAAGAAGUGGAAUUCGAGUGUCAAGUCUCUGACAAAGGCCUGGAAGCGACCAAAGUGAGUGGCCCCCAAAACACAGAUUGCAGAGGGUCCCAUCGGAGGCCGGCCUCAAAAAAACGUUUUAGAAAAAUUAGAUGUUACAAUUGUGGCGAGUUCGCCAACCAUAUCGCCGCCAAAUGCACGAUGGGCCCCCAGCCGAAGAGGUGUCAUAACUGCAAGAGCGAGGACCACUUAAUCGCCGAUUGCCCCACUCGAGUCGAACGUCCGAAAAAGYCCGAAAAAUCCGAGCACAACGGUAACGGCAGCGAAGACGCURCAGCCCCCUCGGAGGAGACCAAACCUGAAUAAUCAUCGAACGGAWACGCCCGACUUGUGUUCAUUAGAGUAGGAGCUACAAGAUGAUUMAUUUUUAGUUGGGUUUAGAUGGAUUCUUGUGAGAUCAGCAGGAAUUUCCGCUCCGGAUUACCGAGAAGACUGAUUUCAUAAGGAGCGAAGUUGCUGCUGAGAUGCUCUCAGGUGAGGGAUCUCUUGGAGUUCGCUCAGCUGAGACCAGCCCGACGAUAUCAAAUUCAGGAGAUAGUACAGAAUUUGUGAAAUGGUGCAAAUAUUUUACAAAUUGUGGAAAUAUUACGCCAGUGCAAUGCAAUAAUCAGGAGUUUUAUUACACGAAAACUAUCGAAUUUACAUAUCGUGCUGUGAAAAGGAUUUAAAUUUAAUUAGAAAGAUCCGGGAUGGCCCAGCGCAUGCACCAGUUUCUCCCACGGUCUUUUUGAUGAAAUUUCAUUCCACGAUCCUUGAAAACGGGGCGACGAUUCCAGUGGACAAUUUUGAUACUUAAAUUUUCUAAUCAAUAGAAAUUAUAUUUUAGAAACCGCAAAAUAUAAUUUUUAUGUUUCUAGGGUUAGUAACGUGUUCAGUCGUAAUCGGUGAUUAUUAGGUAAGGGACGUAAUGGGGCUCCCACAAAUUCCAUUUCACAUAUCGUUCAAUGACUACAGUAUUACUGCUUCACACCUAGAACCUGUGAAUUUGAACAACUGCAUGAAUUGUUGGGUACUUACGAUUGCCAUAUAGAUUUAAGUUACUUUAAAACCAGGGAUGUAGUACGACACCAUUGUUUCAACCGCAAAUUCAAAAUUUGUAUUUAUUAUAUUUAUAAAUUAUUUAUUGGUUUGCCGUUGUUUUUAAUGAUGUUUUUAAAUUAUUUUAUUUAAAUUAUGACAAGAUUAGGUUUUCGGAAGUGUUUUAUUGAAAGUUUUACUUUUUAUUAAUUUUAUUCCUUUUGGAGAUAUUUUUCGUAGAGUGCAGCUGAAAUAUUUUGGUGUGGCGUCGAACUACAACAAAUGAGUACUUAAAUGGCAUCUACGUAAAAUAAGAACUACACCUCUUUUUUCUACUUAUUGUCGUAUUUGUGUUAUGACCGUUAUUUAUGUUUAAUUUAGUUUUUAGUAUUAAGUUUCGCCUGUACUACCAAAGUCAGGAUUCACAAAAUUCUACCUCAUUUGUAAAGAUAUUAUUUUUACUACUAUUUAUUUAAGGUUCCUACAUUGUGCCACUGUACAUUAAAAUAAGAGUAAUUUAAGACUCCUUCCAUUCUCUGUACCUGAAGUGUCAAUUUGCAUUUCAAAAAUUCUAGACAGAAAAACAAUAAUCCAAGGUUGAGUACAAAAUGUUAAUUCAAGUACAACCAUCUCUACACAUUAUGUUAACUACUCUUCAUAAUUUCCAGUAUUCCAAUUAAUUUGCAAUAGACUGAUUAUGUUAUAAGCUCAGGGAUUUACAUAACAGUUCAAAUAUUUACAUUUAAACC